ACGUGGAUGAAUACGAUUGGCCAGAUGCUCUUCCACAAUCCACUCACUGUCCAGCGAGUUCCACAGGGAUCACACACCCUGCAAUCUCCUCAAUCUUUGCUUCGCUCUCUCCGGGAAAGAUCAAAUCUUUUACAGCUCCAUCUUCCAAAAAUGGAGAAUUUCACUCUCCCAUGCAAAUCAAACCCUCUCAUUCCCAUAAUACCCUCCAAACCAGGCAACCCAUCAGACUUCUCACCCAGACCCACCAAGCCCACCAUCACUUUCUCCAGGAAAACCCGCCCAAAUCCACCCGUAGACAAUUUGAACCUCCUCUGCAAGAACGGCCAGUUCACGGAGGCCAUGGCCGUUCUCGACUCCCUUGCCCAAAGUGGGUCCAAGGUACCGCCCACUACUUACAUGAACUUACUUGAGUGCUGCAUUGACACAAAUUCUAUUCAACUGGGCCGGAAGCUCCAUCAGAAUAUUGAUGUGGUUGAUGAAGUGAACCCCUUUGUGGAGACCAAGCUGGUGAGCAUGUACGCGAAAUGUGGGUUCUUGGAAGAUGCACGCAAGGUGUUCGACGGAAUGCGUGAGAGGAAUUUGUACUCUUGGUCGGCCAUGAUCGGUGCGUGUCUCAGAGACCGGAGGUGGAAUGAGGUGGUGGAGCUUUUUGUGUUGAUGGUGAGAGACGGAGUUUUGCCGGAUUACUUUCUGUUUCCGAAGGUGUUGCAGGCCUGUGGGAACUGUUGUGAUUUCGAGGCCUUGAAAAUGAUACAUUCCAUGGUGGUGAGGUGCAAUUUGAGUGGUACUAUACAUAUAAACAAUUCGUUAUUGGCGGUUUACGCCAAGUGUGGGAAGUUGAAGUGGGCGAGGAAGUUUUUUGAGAAAAUGGAAGUGAGGGAUGGGGUGACUUGGAACACAAUUAUAUCUGGUUAUUGCCAGAAUGGUGAGAAUGAAGAAGCUCGGAGGCUGAUUGAUGCAAUGAUCAAACAGGGGAUUGAACCGGGGUUGGUCACUUGGAAUAUAUUGAUUUCUAGUUUUAAUAAGUCGGGGCAGUGUGAUGUUGCGAUGGAACUGAUGAAGAAGAUGGAGAACUCUGGGAUCACUCCUGAUGUGUAUACUUGGACUUCUAUGAUUUCGGGGUUUGCUCAGAACAACAGGACGAAUCAGGCUUUGGAUUUGUGGAAGAAGAUGCUUUUGUCAGGGGUACAACCAAAUGGCAUUACGAUUGCUAGUGCAAUCUCAGCUUGCACAUCUUUGAAAUCACUGACCAAAGGUUUGGAAAUUUAUGCUUUUGCUGUGAAGAUGGGACUCAUUGAUGAUGUACUCAUUGGAAAUUCGCUCAUUGACAUGUUUUCAAAGUGUGGGGACCUGGAAGCUGCUGAGCAAAUCUUUACUAUGAUCUCAGAUAAAGACGUCUACACUUGGAACUCCAUGAUAGGAGGAUAUUGCCAAGCUAGGUACUGUGGUAAGGCCUAUGAACUGUUCAUGAAGAUGCAGGAAUCAGAUGUACAUCCUAAUGCCAUCACGUAUAAUGUGAUGAUCACAGGGUACAUUCAGAAUGGAGAUGCUGAUCAAGCAAUGGAUCUCUUCCAAAUGAUGGAACGAGAUGGGAAAGUUAAGCGGAAUACAGCUUCGUGGAACUCUCUUAUUGCUGGUUUUGCUCAACUUGGGGAAAUAAAUGAGGCACUUAGGAUAUUCAGGAAGAUGCAGACCUUCAGUGUUAGCCCCAAUUCAGUUACUUUGUUGAGUAUCCUGCCCGCUUGUGGGAGUUUAGUUGCCAUGAAAAAGGUGAAAGAGAUCCAUUGUAGUGUAUUUCGAAGAAAUUUGGAGUCUGAAGUCCCUGUUGCAAAUUCUCUGAUAGACACAUAUGCAAAAUCAGGAAACAUAGAGUAUUCAAGAACCAUAUUCGAUAGACUGUCAUCGAAAGAUAUUAUUACCUGGAACUCAGCAAUUUCUGGUUAUGUUUUACAUGGUCAUCCAGAUAUUGCACUUGAUCUUUUUGAUCAGAUGAAGAAGUUGGGGCUAAAACCAAAUAGAGGUACCUUUGCCAGUAUUCUAUAUGCCUACAGUCUUGCUGGACUGGUAAACGAGGGGACAGAAGCUCUUUCUAGCAUCAGUGAAGACUAUCAAAUAAUACCAGGUCCAGAACAUUAUUCAGCUAUUGUAGACCUAUAUGGACGUUCGGGUAGGCUUCAAGCAGCAAUGGGGUUUAUUGAAGAUAUGCCGAUAGAACCAGACUCCUCUGUUUGGGCUGCCUUACUUACAGCAUGCAGGAUUCAUGGGAACCUUGGCUUGGCAAUUCAUGCAGGGGAGCGCUUAAUUGACUUGGAACCAGCGAAUGUUCUGAUUCAACAGUUUUUAUUACAGGCAUAUGCUUUAUCUGGGAAGCCGGAUGAUACCUCAAAGUUGAGAAGGUUUGGAAAAGAGAAUGCAACAAUAAAGAGAUCUCUUGGUCAGUGCUGGAUGGAAGUCAAAAACACAGUGCAUACGUUUGUUGCAGGUGAUAGGUCGAAAUUAUGCUCAAAGUAUGUAAACUCGUGGUUACAAGACAUAGCAGAAAAGGCAAAAGGACCUGGUUUUCGUUGUGCGCUUGGUGUUGAGGAUGAAGAGGAGGGAAUCAGCAUGGUCCACAGUGAAAAACUUGCCCUGGCUUUUGCUCUCAUUGGCUCUCCAUCUUUACCCAAAAGUAUCAGGAUAGUAAAAAAUCUGAGAAUGUGUGGAGAUUGCCACAGGACAGCUAAAUAUAUAUCAAUGGCUUUUGGAUGUGAUAUAUAUUUAAGUGAUUCAAAGUCCUUACACCAUUUUAGCAAUGGGCGUUGUUCUUGUGGCGAUUAUUGGUAGGGGAAAAAUAGAAUGUGGAAGUUGUAAAGUUUCGUAUCACUUGAAAUGGAGUUUUGUUGAAGUGAUCUUACCAUGUUCUAAACUUCUAAAGUGAAAAUGGGGUCACGCAAAACAGAGAUUGUAAUAUAUGCACUUGGACAUGGUACUGACAAGGAGACUUGUGUCUAACCCUUCCUGCUUGCUGCAUUUUGUUGACAGGUAAACUGCACAUGAAAAGCAUAUGUGUGUUUGUGUUUAUAUUAAUUAUAAUAAAUGGAUGCCGGAUGCGAUAACAUUUUAUGAAAUUGGAUAUAUGCAAGACCUGGGCACAAUGAGGCAUAUGGAAUUUCUUUUGCAGAAUAUGCAUUUGGAGAAUCUCUAUAAAUUAGACUAGAUUCUCUCCUUUUGGGUCAAUAUGGGAGCUUCGAAUCAUGUUCGUGAAUGUUAUGAAGUCUAUAUGAGGCCAUGACUGUCAUGAAAACCAGCACCGCGUUAUAUGAAAGCAAGCUGGUACUACCAGAAGGAAUAACAUUCCUGCUUAAGCAAUGAUCAAGGUAUUGACCGAGUACGUGUCUAAAUGUCUAUGAAGUAGAAUCAAGUAGGAAGACUUGCAGUUUUUCACAUUACCUAAUUGUGCGUGUCCCCAUCAUCAUCACUGUGAUAUACCAUAACCAGACGCUCCGAAUAUUCGAAGAUCAGAAUAAAGGAUUGACUAAUUGUGUCAUUUCUAACCACCACAGGUGGUCGAGUUGGUAAGAGCCUCCAGGUGUGGAACCCCCACACCCGGGUUCGAAUCCAGCCGACACUUAUUGGAGUUAAAUCUCAAUAUAUUCUUGAUAAAACUCUUUUUCGUAAGGAGGUCAUGCCCUGGAUGCACCAUAGUGACCAUACAGAAUUUGAUAAAUAAUUUGAUUUCUUUACAUUCAACCCUUUUGCUCCGUAGUGGAAAACAGUAUGAGCUUCUUCUGCACUGUUCCAAGCAACCUUAAUUUGUUACGACUUAUGAACACCCAUUCUGCUCUUACAUAUUCCUUAUCCUACUUGUCAUGAACACCCUCGCUGGUAUCUUGAUGCAAUAGGAGCUUACCUCAAGCCGAUUCAGAAUGAUCAAAACCACUACAACGUAGUUAUGGCUCACACACAGUACAGUUAUAUGACUGGUGGCACUGACAUCCCUGCUGGCUACUCACUACUCCAAAACUGUGAUGUGUUUCUCGCUAUAAGACCCAAGGAUGACCCCAUUACUACAAACCCUGCAGCUUCAGUGCCCAACAAGCUCUUUAGGCAGUUUUCUAAUUCUGGAGACUCAAGUGAUGAUGGAAUCAGACACAUCGUAAUUAAGACUGUGUGAUCAAUUUUUUUUUUUCCUCUUAUUUUUUCUUCAAUUUUAACUAUAUAACAUGAAGUUUCUAAUUUCAGAUUCCAAGAAUUGCGAGAAUUCCUUCAAAAGUUGAAGGUGUGGUCACAUAUGGUCCUUGGGGAGGGAGUGGUGGUUUUGUGUUUGAUGAUGGAGUUUAUUCAGGUAUUCGACAAAUAAAGUUGUCCAGGAACAUCGGAGUUGUAUAUAUAAAGAUUCAGUAUGAUUCUGUAGGUACAAGUUUUGAUCAACUUUGUGUGUUGGUAUUCUCAUAGAAAAUGGGAAAGUAUCUUUGCAGUUAAAUGGGUUUAAUAUCUUUUAUUCAUUUAAAAUUGAUUUUUCUGUUUGCCAAAUUGUGUAAUUGAUUUCCUAUGUCUUUAAUUGUUUAUCUUUAACACAAAAGAUUGUUUCCCUGUAGAAAUGGUAUUAGGGUAGAAAUCUGUUUGUUUGUGUUGGGGGACGGCACCUAUUCAUAUAUAUUGAAAAAGAGGGACGGUCAUGGGGGAGAGCAAAAAGAAGAAUCAGUUUGGAGGUCUUGCAUGCUUGAGAUUGAUUUUAUCAUAAGAGUCAAAGGCACUUGUUCCAUGCUUAAGUGUCUUGGUCUUGUUUUUCAUAUGCAUAAAUUCUCUUGAGAUCAGUAGAGAAGCUGUGAAGAAAGGAGAGCGAUAUUUGGCUAUCGUUCAAGUGAAGAAAGAGUUCAAGACGGAAGACAAACUUUGUAUUAGUUUUGUCUAAUCAUUGUAGCCGAGCUAGUGCUAUUUAAGUUUGUAAAGAACAUAUCAUUCAUCAUAAGUUAAUUCUUAUUUUGGGUUCUCAAGAGUAAGAGCCCCGUAGUGUUUUUAAUCUCAUAUUUGAGGUUUUCACUGCGUAACCAAAAUCUAGUGUUCUGUUCGUUAAUUUUGGUUUCUGUUGCCCAGUAAGGAUUGAUCCGUGCAUGGCAAUCCCCGUUUUCCAGAAAACACAUUAUGUCCUUGUACUUUCAGAUUCCGAUGGUGAAGCUAUAUGGGGAGCCGCACAUGGAGGAACUGGAGGAUAUAAAAGUGACAGGGUCUGUUAAUACCAGUAUGAGUAGUAUCUCAAUUUCAAGUAUCACUUGCAUAGCUACUUAUGCUAGCUGUUUUUACAAAUUACAAUUCUCUUGCAGAUAAUUUUUGAUUAUCCGUAUGAAAUCUUGACUCACAUCACAGGAACAUAUGGUCCUGCAAUGGGGAUGGGGCCUAAUGUGAUCAAAUCAUUGACCAUCCACACGACGAAGAAGAAGCAUGGGCCAUAUGGAGAAGAACAAGGAACCCGAUUCAGCACUCAAGCUUGGAGAAGGAAAAAUUGUUGAAAUUCGUGGGAGCACAGCUUCUGUGCCCAACAAGCUCUUAAGGCGGUUUUCUAAUUCUGAGAAUCAAAGGAUGAUGGAAUCGCAUAUGCUAUAAGACCCAAGGAGGAGUUAGCCGCUGCUACUAAACCUGCUACAGCACCCAACAAGCUCUCAGGAGAAGUAAGUGAUGGUAGAAGCAAACAAAAGGCGUAUAAGACAAUCUCUGCUAAUUUGUGGAUUCACGUUACGAUUUGAUUAAUUUGGUUUUGGAUGCCCAAAAAUUUCCGUAUUAACUGUUGACAUCGAUCAGCACAUACCGAGUGGUGUGAGACCUGUGACAGUGGUCAGAAAACAUGCACACCCAUUUACAGAAGGUGUUCCAGCUCGUUACGCAGUUGUUAAACUUCCAAAUUUCUCUAGAAGAGUCCAAAAAUUGCUAAUUGGUGGCGGCAAGCACGGUGGACUUCAUUUGCGUUUAUAACGGUGCUUUGAAGGCGCCUUAUUUACAAGACUGAAUAAUCCUACUUAGGAUGAAUGAGCUCAAUCUCGUGAACAAUGAACGUAUAGCGUACGUGCACGUGUUUGUUUUUGUGAUGUAGGGUUUAGAUUUUAAACGUCGCACUUCUUUCAGUUGAGGUCUCUGUUACUGAAAAUUUCUGGGAUUGGUACUGAAAUUUGUUGCUCUUGGUCGGGCCUUCUGCUGGCUCCUCUAAUGCCAUAUUGCUAUGUCUGAACAGUUAGACCUA